CCAAACAAGAGAGGAUUCAGAGAGAGAAAGACAGACUUUAGACUUCUGAACUAGUCGCUAAAAACACGCCUGCCCCUCAGACAGAGGGGAAAAAAAGAGGCGAAAGAAGAAUGAGAGAGUUGUUUAUCUAGAAAGGGCGCAUAACUUCUCUGUGACUGUGGUGGGAUUGUGUGUUUGGGAGCCGAACUUUUGGAUUCAGUCUGGAUGGGAGUUCCUUCUGUGCUUGUCAGAUGGGGAUUAUUCCAUGAACGGCUGGAUCUUGUUACUGAUAGCUAAUGGCGAUGACAGCCCUGUUCCGAAUGUGGGGAAAUAGACCUCAAGUGGUCCAGACCAAACCUCAGGCGCCAGUGCCCCGUCUGCCCAGUGAGGAUGAUGAGGAUGACGAUGAGACGUUGCACAGCAGAGCUCCGAUACGCAGGAAUUCACGGUUUUACCGUUCAAUGAGAAAGAAAAAGUCGACUUCAGAACAACAAGAAAGCCCCUCCUCCUCUCCUAAACAAGCAGUGGACCCCGCCUCCUACAACAGGCUCAGCCCCUCUAUGGCGAAUCGACUUCCACACUCUCCCAGAAUGCAUCAUUCACCUUCUCGCUCUGAAAUCUCGUUGCCAAGCAACGGGAUUACUGUGCUGGGAGGAGUUCGCUCUCGGUCUCCGUUGGCGAUGCCAGGAGAUCGGUCGUAUAGACAAGUAAUGGAAGAGCUGAGUGAACGGACGACAAGUGCCUGCACCAUGCAGGACAAUGACAUUCACACCACUGCCGACCCUGACAUCACACUCCGGCUGAGGAAUGGUGACAGUCCGCAGAAGAAGCCAGUAGUGAAUCCCUGCCGCAAUCUCAACAUUGUGAAGAGAGUUGAUGUCUUGUAUCAAGAGUACCGCGACACCUCUAAGCAGCAGGAGAUCGAGCAGCGUCGACAGAGAGAUGGGCUUCCGGCUGCGGGGUCAGGGGUCACGGCUGCGCCUGCUUUACAGCUACAGCUGAGGAACAGCAUGCAGUCACUGAGCCUCUGGCAAAACUUGGAGGCUGUGAAGGACAGUGGACUACUGAAGACACUGGAGCCAAAGGAGAUCAUACUGCAGGAGGCCAUGUUUGAACUGGUGACCUCUGAGGCAUCGUACUACAAAAGCCUAGAGCUGCUGGAAACCCACUUUCUACGAAACCCUCUGCUUGUCAACACCUUGAGUCAGUCGGACAUGCACUUCCUGUUCUCCAACAUUGAGGACAUCAUGAAGGCAAGCGAGAGGUUCCUCAUGGAUCUGGAACACAGGAUUGAAGAGUCCAUCCUGAUCUCAGAUGUGUGCGACAUUGUUCACACUCAUGCUGUUAACCACUUCCAAGUCUUCGUCAGUUACGUCAUCAACCAGGCGUACCAGGAGAAGAACUACAGACGAAUACUGCAAGAAAAUUCACUUUUUCGAGAAAACAUGUCCAUGUUGGAGAAUCAGCCGAAAGUGAAGGGCCUCUCGUUUACCUCCUUCCUCAUCCUCCCCUUCCAGCGAAUCACACGACUCAAACUACUUGUUCAGAAUAUUCUGAAGAAGGUGGAGGAGAAUUCCGAAAGAGAAAAGACCGCAAUUUUAGCUCAUCAAGAGUUGGAAAGGAUUGUGAAGGAGUGUAAUGAAGGAGUGAGGAAGAUGAGUCGCACUGAAGAGCUGAUCAGCAUCGAGAAAACACUUGAAUUCAAGUCGAAGUCGGUGCCGGUGAUUUCUCACUCUCGCUGGCUCCUGAAGAAGGGAGAGGUGCAGCAGAUGUCCGGACCCAAGAGCACCAGGACCAUGCGCAGCCGCAAACUCUACCACCCCAUCUACCUGUUCCUGUUCAAUAACCUGCUGCUCAUCACCAAACGCACCUCCAGUGGAGAGAAGUACCAGGUUCUGGACUCCUGCAGUCGCUCCAUGCUGAGGACUGAAGACCUGGAGGAUCAGGGUCAGAUGCUGGCCUGUGUGUUUGUGCUGAAACUGCUGGAGAACCAGGAGGACAGAGAAGUCAGCUACAUGCUCAAGACAGAAACCAUAAGUGAUAAACUGCGCUGGAUAUAUGCUUUGACUCCAAACCGACGUACGAGAUUCCUCUCGACCAGCACUAGCCAACCAGAUUCUGCACAGGUUCAGUGCAUCCAGUCGUACUCCUCCCAGGAACCUGAUGAGCUCUCUGUAGAAAUGGCUGAUGUGCUGCACAUUCUGGAGUGCACUGAUGAUGGCUGGAUGUUGGGUGAAAGGUUGCAUGACGGCGAGCGAGGUUGGUUCCCCAGCCGCGUGGUGGAGAAGAUCAUGAGCGCAGAAGUUCGGACUCAGAACCUUAAAGAGUGUCAGAGGAUCCAGCAGGCACAGGAAGGAGUGCAGGGGGCCAGAGCCACCGCCAGAGGACGCCGCCCUGCCAAAAGUCCCCAGUAUACUCCCACCUGGUCCGACCUGUAGAUUAAGAACAAGAAAGAGCAUCGCAUAACCACCACAACCAUUCAUUCUCCUAAUUCCUGACUCCAGUGUUUUAUUGAAUGGUGUUUUAUUGACACGUCCGGCGUCACACUGAGGACUCGACAGGGUCAUGGAACAGCUCUUGCAUUAUAAGCACUUGUGUGUUUGAAUCGCUGCUUCCAUAAAAGCCUAACUAAAUGUUAGCAAGAAGGAUUUCAACUUCCGCAGUCACAAACAAGGACCAUGCAUUUGUCUGAAGCUGGCAGAUAUGAGGAAGGAAAACAAAUGCUACGUCAGGACUUUUGUAAAGUCGUAAUGCUUCUCUGGAAAAGGAAUGUAUUAGCGUGCAUGGUCACACCUUACUGACAAUACAGGUUUGUGUUUUUAGACUAACCUCGGAGGACAAUGAGGAUGUACUGUACCCAGGGGAGCUCAUUCUCCUCCCAUCCACUUGAAGAACAAAACGAAAAUAAGAGCGAGAUAAAGAACAAAGUUGAUCUAAUGUACAGAUCUGGCAUUUUUAAUGCAUUUUUUUUUCUUUUUUGGGAACAUGAAGGUAAAAACUUCAGAUGAAGGACACUGAGGCGUUUUUUUGCACGUGCUGCAUGAGCAUUAAACAAUGUUUUCCUACACAAAACACUACACACAAGAGAGUAAUGUUGUUAAACCAGUCCAACAACUGUGUCCUAACCAGAUGCAACAUGGUAACUUAUACUCAAAGUAAAAAUGCUCAGUGAUGUGGCUUAUUCAGGGCUAUUUCUAGUCAUUUUGAUGCCCAGACGAAAUCCCAAGAUCGUUUAAGAUUACAUACAAACUAACAGACUGAUUUUGUAAACACUCAAAUCUUGAAUAUCAACAUUAAUACAUUAUUAAAAUUAUAUAUCAUUUAUAUUAAGAUUGCAGUUUCUUGACACAUUGGUUGUAAUAGUAAGGACAUUAAUGUGUGGAGAUUCAGCGCAUUGUGAGUUUAACAAAUCUGAAUGCAUUAUUUGUAAAUUGUCUCUUAAGAUCAUGCACCAUAAAUCAUAUUUAAUACCACUGUGUAACCACUAUAGAUGCAUGUAUAGCCCUAUAUAAAAUAUACAUAAACAGGUUUGUUUAAUCCCUAAUUGCUAAGAAUUUUUCAUCACUCACAAAUUCUAUUUUAUUACAUUUGGAUACAUAUUUAAAUAUUAUCAAUCGCCCAUUUCACACACUUAAAGUCUUUACUGGUAAAUUACUAUAAAGAGAUCAUGUGUGAACUGGACCUUUUCAAAAUUAUUUAAAAUUAGAAAAGUUGUAACAUUAGCAGUAAAUUUUGUUGUUGCUUACAUGUCAUAGCUAGCUAGGUCAAAAACAUCUAUUUAUCUAGAAAUAGAUGCUUUUGUCACUGUAUUAUGUUGCAAAUGGUUAGAUGUGGUUUAACAAUCUUUCCAAAGAGAGAAUGUAAUCUUCAUGAGAGACGAGUCUUGCUGCUCGUCUGGAGUAGGUGUUUUUAUAUUUGUGUGCAUGUUCAUAUGAAAACCUCUCGUGUACAGAGUUGUUGCCAAAUAAUUGUUCCAUUUCAUUUUGUAAAAAGAUAAUUUAUUGUUAAUGAAAAUAAAUCUUGAAUGUUGAGAGCUUGUCA